AUUUUUUAACCGUGCGUCCAAACACCUCCAAAACUAAAACGAACCCUAAAAUGGCUCACUUUGCGAUUUGGCAGUUGCUAUAGCUCCGAGGUACUCAUCGCUUCGAUUUCCGAGAGAGAAAAAACAGAGAAAGAUGAGCGGUGCAGGGAAGAAGGUGGUGGAUGUGGCAUUCAAGGCAUCAAAAUCUAUCGAUUGGGAUGGCAUGGCGAAGAUGAUCGUCACCGAUGAGGCUCGUAAGGAGUUCUCGUCACUCCGCCGUGCCUUUGAGGAAGUCAACUCAACUCUUCAGACCAAGUUUAGCCAGGAGCCAGAACCUAUUGAUUGGGAGUACUACAGGAAAGGGCUUGGAUCCCGCAUUGUUGAUUCUUACAAAGAAUAUUAUGAAAGUGUUGAAAUCCCAAAGUUUGUUGACAAAACUACCCCAGAGUACAAACCCAAGUUUGAUGCACUGUUGGUGGAACUGAAAGAAGCAGAGCAGAAAUCUCUCAAGGAAUCUGAAAGACUUGAGAAAGAAAUUGCUGAUGUGCAAGACCUCAAGAGAAAGCUUAGCACCAUGACUGCUGAUGAGUACUUUGAGAAGCACCCAGAGUUGAAGAAGAAGUUUGAUGAUGAAAUCAGAAAUGAUUACUGGGGCUAUUGAUUUUGAUUUUUCUUGGGGUGAAGGAAGGAAGAUGUAUUUGUUUUUGUUAUAGAAAUAAAGCAAGAGGAAUGAAGAUGCUUGGGUUUUUAUUUGUUUGGAAGUUUGAGGGAAAAAAAACAUGGAGUUGUACACUCCAUGAUGGUGACGAAAUCGAUCCCAAAAUGAUGAAAUACAUAAAUCUGAAUUUGAUGGGAUAUGUUGUCAUGUUGAAUACAAUCGUUAAUUUUUUGUUUUGCCCUUCAUCUCCUUUAUUA